UAAUUUGUAAUCUUGACAAAAAAUAUUGAUUUAUUACGUUCAUUAUUCUAUGCGGCAUGUUAUCUUUUAUAACUUACUUUAAUAAUGUGAUGGGUACUCGAGAUUAUGUGUAAUAUAAGUUUUCAAUCGAUAAUAGAAGUAAUAUUUUGUGGUGUGUUAUUGUAAAGUUUGUGACUGCAUUGUUUUUAUCGGUAAAAAGUAUGGGCAACACAAGCAAGAAGUUAGCGGCCAAAUGCACACUCCUCACCAAAGAUGAGCAGAAGUACUUGGCGACCACGUUCCGGUCGGCCAGCAAGAACUCCGACAAGAUCAGGGAGGAGGACCUGAUCGUGAGUGGCAAAUUAGACGCAGUGUUGCUAGAAAGAUUUUGGGGUCCACAAAUCGACCCCCGCUUGGCACAAUACCUGACGAACUUUCUGUUCGGCUCAGGGGCUGACAAGGCGGCUUCUUGCGACUUCAACAGAUUUGCUGAACUCUACGUUUUUAAUGUAAGAGGUACUGCAGAUGAAAGAAUGAUGGUUGCUUACAACAGUCUGGGCAUGGACUACAACGAUUCUACGGAGUUGCCUUACCAAUUGUUAAGAGAGUACUGCGAAAGUAUAGCAUCGACAUACAUCAAAAUGGUCAAAGCUGCCCCCUCAGGACGCGCUAAGACGUGGAUAGAGAAAGGCUUCAAGAGCCGCGCGUCCCACGUGCAGGCGCUAGGCGAGGCGAUAGCUGCCAGCGUGUCUAGCGAUGCCGACGUCGCUAUUAACGCUUGUAAUGCUAAGCAGCUUAAUAAAUGGCUACAAUCCAACACGCUACUACGUAAGAUGACGGACGCGGUGUUCGUGCACCUGUACGGAGUACAAGGCCACGACGCACACAGCCACAGCCACGUGCACGUCGCGCACCCUGAACCCACGCUCAUUCCGCUGCCGCAAGGAUUGGAGGCGAUGCCCGACUACCCUGCAUUCAUCGACCUAUCUCACAUCGUAUGGCUGAACAACCACAUCCCGGCGAAACAUCAGAACAGGUGGCGGUUCCUCUUCUCGUCACACAUACACGGCGAAUCCUUCUCUACUAUGACAGGGCGCAUCCAAUCCGAGGGUGCCUCCCUUCUCAUAAUCGAAGAUAACGCGGGCUACAUAUUCGGAGGCUACGCCCCCGUGUCCUGGUCUCUGGGACCCAACUUCGUGGGCAAUGAGGACUCGUUCCUGUUCACCCUGGCUCCCAAGAUGAGGGUCUACCCGGCUUCUAACUAUAACAACCAUUUCCAGUAUAUGAAUCAUCAUACCAAGACCUUGCCUAAUGGAUUGCUAAUGGGAGGUCAAUUCAACUUCGGUGCUAUCUGGGUGAACGGCGACCCGUUCGGCGAGGGCUCCUCCGCCGAGUCGUGCAGCACCUACCGCGGCUACAAGCGCCUCAGCAAGGAGCCCAACUUCCGCAUCAAGAGCCUGGAGGUCUGGGCGGUAGGGGAGAAACCCAUGUUUAAGAAGGAGUCCGAUGAACGCGAUGUAAGCGUCCUAGACGUGAACCCGGAAGCUAAGGCUAUUCUAGACAUGGCAGGCCGCACGAGACACAGCGAGGGCAUCCGUGAACCGCCACCCUUAUAAUGUAAAUAUAUAUGUAGCUAGCUUUAUUUCCGUCUGUCUGUAACCAGCACUAAUUCAUUUUUGUCUCAAGUCUGAAUUUUCGAAUAAAAUCAAUUUCACAUAAAGCCGGGUUGAGACAUGUAUCCGAUCACCGUUUCCGUAUCUUGGACGCGUAUCAUGAUCGCAUAUGUGGACGGGUACUGAUACGCGUAUCAUGAUACGCGAUCUCAAUAUGCCGUUAUGAUACGGCCCGUCCCAUGUCGUGUCGGUUUUUGUCCAUCAUAUGGAGCAAAUCGGAGGCGUCCACAACUGGAUACGGUGCUUGAUACGAUACGGUGAUCGGAUCGGGCAGUGAUACAUAUCUGGACUCGGCUUAAAGUGUGUUUCGCAUAAACUCACCUCAUGCCAAAUUGACUUCAUUCAGAUUUUUGAAGAAAGUCGAUUAUUAUUACUACAAAUAUAGUUACCAAUAAUUCUAUAUUAUCCUUUCGAAGGUAUGUUUAGACUUUAUACAAAAAAUCUUUUGAAAUCAUUAACUUUAUACCAAUUUAGUUUUAUAUCAAUCACUAUGUAAGAUACACUUUAUUGUACGAACAAUAGAAUAAAUCAAGUCGCGAUUAAUA